UUAAUAACCGAAACGACGUCGUGGUAGUUAACUUUCUUCUUCUUCUUUUUUUGUUUUCUUGAUUGGGUAGUUAAAAUUAAUUUGGUCAAAGGACGAAGGGGGGCAAAAAGCGGUAGACCACAACAGAAACAAAAAUGCGGGAAAAAUGAAGGCUAAGAAACAGGAGAAACUGAAUGGUAAAAAGAAUUGAAUAAAGCCACAAAAGGAAAAAAAAAAAAAAACAAUGGACGGUCCAGAAUCCAUCAAUAAACUAGAAGUGGAUCCGAUAAAUCAUCUUCGUUCACUUUUGUUUUUCAAACUUCUCUCACCGCAAUCAUCGCCCUUCGUUUAUUACAUUAAUACCCCCCUCUCUCUCUUUAUUCCAAACAAAUUAAAACUCACAACAAAAAUAUUUACUACGCAUAAACAGAAAAAACAAAGUCAUAUAUCACAAACUAAAAGUGAAUAGAGUAAGCAAAUUAGAAAAAACAAAAAAAAGUAAUUGAAAAUGUCUUGGCAAACUUACGUAGAUGAGCACUUGAUGUGCGACAUUGACGGACAAGGCCAGCAUCUUACUGCUGCUUCCAUUGUUGGCCAUGACGGUAGCAUCUGGGCUCAGAGCUCUUCUUUCCCUCAGUUGAAGCCAGAGGAGAUCACUGGCAUUAUGAAAGAUUUUGAAGAACCUGGUCACCUUGCCCCUACGGGCUUACACAUUGGGGGCACCAAGUACAUGGUUAUCCAGGGUGAGCCCGGAGCUGUUAUCCGAGGAAAGAAGGGAUCAGGAGGGAUCACCAUAAAGAAGACCGGUCAAGCUCUUGUUUUCGGCAUCUAUGAGGAGCCUGUGACUCCAGGACAGUGCAACAUGGUCGUUGAGAGGUUGGGGGAUUACCUCAUUGAUCAGGCGCUCUAGGCCUAGUCUAUCGCAGAGAUUCUGUUACAAUGUUCCUUUUAUGGGAUUACUAGUACCUUUUUUUUCUUUCUUUUUGUUUCUCGUUUCUUUUAUUUUUUGAUCUCUGGUUCAGUGUUUGCUUGCACCCUCUUCUGUUGAAAGCCCUGAAUUGGCAAUGAAGAUGUCGCAGACAACGACCGUGUGAGACACUGAAUUGAUAUUUUGGUGUUCCCUGUUUGAACUUGCAUUACCUUGAUAAAUCUUUCUUUUUGUAAUGUGUAUUCCUGCGGUUAAUCCACAUUUUUUCUUUGAGUCCAA